UCUUAGUAUCACCAAAAAUACUAACCGUGGCUUAACUACUCCAGUCAUCUGGAAAUUCAUCUUUUUUUCCCCUAUUUGUCUACAAUUACCCUUCCUCCCAAUGGUCUCUUUCCCUGCCGAUCAACAACCUCAACCCGACACUUCAACCAUCCAUGUCACGCUACAAUCUCAGACAGGACUCUACCAAUUCCACCUCCCCGCAUCCUCCCUCAACCUAAACUCAACACACGUCCCCAAGUCCGGAAUCAACACAUCAUACAUACUCGUAUUCCCCGGCCUCUCCUUCUUCCCCCCAGGGAACUGCAAGUCAUAUCUCAACAGAAUGUUCGCCGCAAUCAUCUUCAUCGAGUGAUCAGCAAAAAACCUUCCCGGGCACACAAUCUUGCCGUGCCCGAAAUGGAGGUUGUUGUCAGCAGUAGUAGUAAACCGGUGGAUCUUCUCCUGGCCUGGGAGCUUCCGCUUGUUGUACUGGCGCAAACCAUCAAACUUCUCGGGGUCGGGCCCGUUCUUCUCCGGGUCCAUGCCGAUGGCGUAGGUGGCCAUUUGGAUGUGGCAGCCGUUGGGGAGAACGACACCGUCGUGGAGGACAAUGUCGGAGCGGACUAUGGCGUUGAAGCCCACUGAGGCGGUGUCAGUCUCAGUUGAUCAUGGAUUGAAUAGGGAAAAAGAGCCUUACAAAGAGUAGGCGGACUGAGCCUCUGCGACUCACGCAUAAAGCUGUCCAGCUUCUUCAUCUCGGCCAGGGCGGUGUGAGUAAACCCGUUGUGUUCAGUCAAGACUUGGAUAAUCUCCUCCCUCAGCACCUCGACGUACUGGCUGUGCACGCAGAGAUCGAACAGGAGCUGGGCCACGGCAAUAAUGGUGGACGGGCCGGAACCGAGAUACGUCACCAUCAAUCUCUGGACGGUGAUCUCGUCGCUAUCGCCUUCGGCAAUGCCGCCGUCCAUGAGGUACUGCAAGAAGUCCUCUGGCUUCUUAUAGUCAGGAUCCUUUUCGAGGACGCGACGCUUCUGGAUGAGGGGGAUGAGCAUCUUUCUGGCCUUGCGGAGUGCAGCGUCAACACCCCAUGAAGUUGGAGAGAACUGGGCGGCAAUCGGCUUGAAAAAGUCGGGGAAGAGACGGAGGGCAAAAUUGUGCUUGAAACCGUGUUCCGAGUAGUUGAUGGCGGUCUGGAUAUACUCUUCGUUCUCCUUGAGCUCGUCGACGAACUGGGUGGCUACUCCGCGGUGGACCAUUCUCCUGGCCAAGUGAAGGGCGUUGAUGCUGGUCCAUUCUGUGGUGGAAUUCGCAGGGAGUUCGACGGGAAGGUACUUCUUGAACUGCUCCUGGACUGCUGGCACUUGGAGACCCAGUCUGGGGGUGAGACGAGCAUUGAGCAUGCGAGUCUGGAGACUGUGGUCGGUGAUGACAUUGGUGAUAGAGUGGAGGCGCUGGAAGGCGUCCACGAUGGCGGUGUUGAGAGAGAGCUUCUCAGGGGGCAUGGAGGCCAGCUCCUGGAGGUACUUGUUGGGGACGAUCAGCAGAUCAUUGCCCGAUACCUUGAAGAAGGUGUCUUUGUACUUGGCAUAGCCCUCGGCGAUGUACUUUGGGCCAUUGCGGAAGAAGGCUAGACGGCCCAGGACAGCAUUUUUGGGACCGAUGAUGGGGGCAUCGAAGUUGUAAUUGCCGUCGAUGAAGUCCCGGGAGGCCUUUGCCUUGGUGAUUGCCCACCAGUACCAGAGUAUGAGGCCACAGAGGAUGGCAGUUGCAAUGGAAGAUGAGAAUUGGAAGGUGGAGGAGUCAAUGCCCCCGACGGGCAGUGAUCUACCCUCUGGGAGUACACUGGCGAAGGACCUGUUGACGAUAUCCAUGGUGCUGACGAUUUGCCCGGCAAGAAGAUGUCAGUGUUGGAAAGGAACAAGACACUUCCGAAGGGGCCGAAAUUUAUGUUUAAAAAGAGGCAGGUGGCACCAUGGCUCGCACCAGAUCCUCCCGCCGGAGCAUAGCAAUCUUGUCAUCCAACAACACUCUUUGCAGCCCGGAAUAAGGCCCACGAGAACCACGGGCGCAUCCGCCGACCUGUUUCCGCCUAUCAGUCACAGCAGCUGGAUGACCCGAACCAUGUGCUUCUAUUUACUGGUGCGAAGCAAGGCGACGGCGAGGUGGAGAAUCCACACACCUAUCGGUGCAUGUGCGGCUCAGUCUGCUGCAACACACACCCCUCGUUUCGGACUGCCCUCUCGACCUCGUGGGAGUGGUGACAUUGCACGUUUGCAUGUGCCACGCCGCACCCCGCUUCAACCAUCCAUCCUGUAAUACGGAUUUGGAUAUAUUGCUACAUUGCCGGAUGUUGGGACGUUGCAUAUGGCGAGCUCUCGAUGCGGUGUUCUGCACGUAGCUAACACCCAACCACCACAAGCUUUGACGCCAACACCGAGUUUAUACUUGAAUCUCUUGCAUAUCACCUACUUACCCCCCACCAGGCAUGGCCUGCCACUCUUUUGCAUGCUCAGCGACCUGACCUAGCUACACAGCCUACCACGAUCACUAACACAAACUCUCAGGUGAAUGCUGUGAUACCCAUCAACCGGGUGUCACACCUCGUGGGUUUAUGCUUAUUCCCAUGAGCUCGGUCAAUUGACGCAGAUCGAGCCAAAGUUCGACAUCGACGGAGCACCAGAAACACUGCCAGCUUCUGUGUGCCUUCAAGCCGCGGACAUGGCUGCAUAAAGCGGCCGCAACCCCAAACCUUUCUGGCCAGGACUAUUGGCACUGUGCAUAAGUGUCUAGAUCCUACGUCGCAGCCCCUCAUUUGGUUGUGUAGUGUUACUGUACGUACGAGCUCUUUCUUCAUCAGGGAACACUCCCCGAGGGACGAUGUUUAGAGCAAAACACACUAAUAAAGAAGAUCUUACGGUAAGUGGGGAAAGAGCGAGGACCUACAUACCUUUGUAUAUCCGUGUGUGGGCUUCUUGUGUACAUCCUUCAACGUCAAGGUCGCACUGGGAAUUUGAUAUAAAAAUCAAAUAACGCAGGCACAGCCCGCGGCACAGCAAUCUAUGCGGGACAAGGCCUUCAAUGAGAACGUGGCAUUACAGGAACACAGUCCGAAAACACGUAGGGAUACUGGCUUAUCAGCUUGUUGACGCUCGGCUUAAUGGGAAUAAAGGGAAUCGUCGCCCCCACCGACCUUGUUUAUGGGCCAUGAGGAAUCAAGUCCCCAGUGUGGUGUCACCAAUCGUGGGAGGAAGAGGCUCUAUGAUACGCAGGAUAUAUCCGGAACUUUCGAGGUUGCUGGCUUAGCCAAAACGGAUGUUCCCCCGCGUCUCCAGGGUUGGAUCCGGUUCCCAGUGUAAGCGCUUGCGUACGGAAUUUCUGCACUAAGCCAAGUUGAAAGAAGCUUUCGAAGGAUUCCACGGACUCCGCUGCUCGUUCUCGGUCUUACUUAUAUGUGGCCCUAAGGAUUUGGGCGAGCUUAGCGAAGUGUGGAUGGAAAAGAAAAUGGCAGGCAGGUUUUUGUUAUCUGCAGUCAUGUCAUGCUCUUGCUAUCUUGGGUCAUGCAAGCGAUGGGACUGCCUUAGUUGAUGAUGGAGAGGGGGCAAAUGCCAAUAGCUGCUGUGCCGCAGCGAGGCGGGGAGCAUGUUAUCCUCGGGCAUCCAAUGUUUGAUUUUCGAGCCCCUCCAUGUGAGGAACUGGUCCGGGACACACAUGUGGACUCGAGCGGUCAGUCAAUCCUGAUCCCUCUCCAAAGGUAGGUUGGGAUACACGGACAGGCAGUUACACUCAGCUAGCUGUCAAGCUUUUUUGUGGUUCCCGUCUUCUCGUUCCAGUAAGACUUCUCUUUCCCGGUGGGCGUGUCUUGUGUCCUGCCGUGCAACGACGAUCAACAUGAUCAACAUGAUUACAACCAUACUCUACGCUCUCCUCGCCGUGGUCUCGCUCGCUUAUCUAGCAGAUUACCUGCUCGCCUGGAACGACGACCCAAAGGAACCUCCCCGCCUGCGGGCGAGGAUACCGCUGAUUGGACACCUCAUCGGCAUCAUCGUCAGCGGUCCUUCCUACCACAGCGUCAUCCGCAAUGAUGAAACCACCGAGAUUUACACGCUCGGGAUCCUCAAUUACAAACUCUACACCUCGGUGUCCACCCGGCUGCUGCCGUUGAUCCAACGCCAGAGCAGAGCCCUUUCGUUCCGGCCAAUGAUACAGACGGUGGCUAGAAAAUGGGGUGACGCAAAUGAUGAGACUGACAGGUUGUUUCGUGAGACUGAUCUCAUUACUGAGUUUAGCCAUGUCAUGAAGACGAGUCUGGCUCCCGGGCCGCAGCUGGAUGAGAUGAAUAUGAGGAUGGCACAACGGGCACUGGUUGAUUUGGAUCUCUUGCUUGGGGAUGGGAAAGAUAAAAAAAUCAAACUGCUCGAGUGGGCGAGGUUUGCUAUCACGCAGGCGAGUAGCUGUGGUGUUUAUGGGAAUCAACACCCGUUUCUCGAUGACAAGGUUUAUGAAGCUUUUUGGGCCUGGCACGCCCACCUAUCAGCCCACAUCUCAGGAAUCAACUUUGACAUCCUCUCCCACGGCUACCAUGCCCGAGCCGUCGUCUUUGCCGCCCAUGCAAAAUACUGCACCUCCAUCCCCCCGGACACCUCCUCCCUCUUCCUCUCCCGCUGGCAGUGCCUCCUCUCCUCUGGCCUUUCCGUGUCAGAAGCCUCCAAACAACAAGCCACACUCCCAAUAGGAAUGCUCUCCAAUACAGUCCCGACCUUUUUCUGGACCAUCUACGAGAUUUUUUCCCGGCCUGCUCUUUUGUCCUCGAUCCGCUCCGAAAUCCUCACUUUUGCCAUCACCACCUCUGGCCCUCGUCACAUCCUCAACCUGACCAACCUCAAAACCUCGUGCCCGCUCCUCCUCUCCACCUUUCAAGAAACCCAACGGACAAGACACAUUCACGCCGCCAUCCGGAAAGUCACAACCAACACUCUUUUGGACAGCGGCAAGGUUUUGCUGAAGGAAGGGAACUACCUCCAGAUGCCAGGCCACGCAAUCCACUACUCCCAAUCCAUCUACGGCCCAACCGCUCGAGAUUUCGUUCCUGAGCGGUUCAUGGAUCCAAAUCUCAAAAGGGGCGGUGCGGAUUUUCUUGCUUGGGGCGCCCCGCCGCAUCUCUGUCCUGCGAGGCAGUUCGCCGCGACGGAGAUAUUGAUUUUGGUGGCUAUGCUGGUUGUCAGGACUGAUAUCCACCCUGCUGAGGGGGCAGAGUGGGAGGAGAAGCCGGGGUUGGAGUUUGCUGAUCCGGUUACUGUUUUAAAUCCCAAGCGAGAUGUGGAGGUCGUGGUUAGGGUUAGGGGAGAGAAGGAAGGGAGGUGGGAGGUUGAGAUGGGGGAUGGUAGUAGAGCGAGUAGGGUGCCGCUGGCGUCGGGUUGAAAAUGGGAUUGGGG